CCUUCCCUUUUUGUUCCCCCAGAAAUUUUAACCACGACGGAAAAAUAAAAAGGAAAAAAGAAAAUGAGCUUCUAUAUGGAAGAAGCAUCUACUGAUAUAAAGCUUCUCCUCCACAGCUCCCGUACCCUUUCUCUCCCUCUCUUUCUCUUCUUUACUGUUUCUCGAGCUUCAUCUCGGGGAGUGAUGAAGUUCGAAUGUUGAUGGAUUCAGAUCAUCGCGUGGCGGAGAUUUGCUGUGCCGUCGUGAGCGAGAACGAGCCAGCGAAGGAGGUGACGGUGGCGCAGCCGUCAAAGUCCAGGCGUGAACGGAGCUCGUCGAGGGCGGCGCGGCGGCGGAGAAUGGAGAUCCGGCGGUUUAAGUUUGUAUCGAGCAUUCCUUCGCCGGAGCCGACGGCGGGACAAGAUGACGGCGGUCAGAAGGGGCGGAGACGAGAGGCUACCUGCGCUGCAGCCGUGUUGUGUCGGGUCUGUGAGGACGAGGAGUGCGAUCACUUGGAGUUUUCGAAGGAUGGGAAGACGGUGCCUGAAACGGCGAUGGCCGUUUUGUGCGACUUUCGGGGCCCGAAUUUUUUGGCAUUUCCUGAUACGGGGGUGUGCCCCAAAUACGGCGUCGCUUCGGCCUGCGGAAGAAGACGAGACAUGGAAGACGCCGUUGCGGUACACCAGUUCAUCUUCCGUCCACGAGCGGAAUAUUCGGCCGCCGGAUUCCUUUUCUGCGGUGUUUACGACGGCCAUGGCUGCUCCCACGUGGCGAUGAGGUGUAGAGAAAGGCUACACGAGCUGGUUCGGGAGGAGCUGGAUGAGAUGGAAGCGGACUGGGAAGGCGCGAUGGAGCGUAGCUUCACGCGCAUGGAUAAGGAGGUUGUGGCGUUGAGCGAGAGCGAGGCCGUGGCCGCUAACUGCCGGUGCGAGCUCCAAACGCCGGACUGCGACGCCGUCGGCUCCGCCGCCGUCGUGGCCGUCCUCACGCCGGACAAGAUCGUUGUCGCUAACUGCGGCGACUCCCGCGCCGUCCUCUGCCGUAACGGAAAGGCCAUCCCUCUGUCUUUCGACCACAAGCCGGACCGGCCGGAUGAGCUGGAAAGAAUCGAGGCCAGCGGCGGCCGGGUUAUCUACUGGGACGGACCACGCGUCCUUGGAGUCCUUGCAAUGUCACGAGCCAUUGGCGACAACUACUUGAAACCUUACGUGAUAUGCAAACCGGAGGUGACGGUAUCAGAGCGAACGGCGGACGAUGACUUCUUGAUACUUGCGAGCGACGGCCUUUGGGACGUGGUCUCGAACGAAACCGCUUGCGGGGUGGCCCGCAUGUGCUUGAGAGGGAAGAGAAGGGCUCGGCCACGGCCAUGGCCACCGUGUGAAGCGGUUGAGGUUGCGGCCGAGACUGGGGACGUGGAAUCGGACAGGGCGUGCACGGAGGCGUCAAUGUUGCUGGUGAAACUGGCAUUGGCCGGACACAGCUCCGACAACGUCAGUGUCGUUGUUGUUGAUCUUCGGAGAGACAUGUAGUUCUUUUUUCUUCCCCGACUUGUCUUAGCUUUGGUUUUGCCCUUCUUUAUGAAACUGAGGGUUUUGAUUGACCGGGAGGGAACGAGUCAACCCGGACCCGGACCCGGACGGUGAACUUCAAUUAACAGAGUUUACCCCUUAACGUUGUUUGCGAAUCCAUUUAUAUAUAAUACGAUUAUGUAAUGCAAUGUAAUGUCUAAAUGAGUAACUUGUUUUCCCGUUUUAAAUUUACCUUUGUAUUAACUAAGAUCGCGAAGGUGAUUUGUGAAUAUACGUAAGGGAUUUAAAACU